AUGUGCCAAAUGCUUACUUUUUUAGAGCAGGAAGUUAAGCAACUGAAGGCAUCGAGUGACCAAUCAUCUGAUUCUCAGGAGUGGCUGGAGCAGAUGAAUACUAAGAUGGCUCAGCUAAGAGCCGAUCUGGCUAAGAGCGCCGAGCUGCUGGAGGCGUUGAAAGGAAAAACCGCUGAGCAAGCCACCCAAAUAGCUUGGCUUAAUAAACAGGCCAACACCUUUGAAGCCAAAAUUCAUUUGGCCAACACCAGAAAACUCUGGGCUAUUGAAGAUCUGGAGAUCAAGAAUAAAAAGUUUCGGGUGUUGGCUCAAAACUUGAAGGAUUUUAAGGCCGCGCUGAAGGCCGAGAGGGAUGGACAGUUGGCCAAGCAGACUUCAAUGAAGACCCAACUCGAUGCCAAGGACGAAGAGUUGACCCUGUUGAAGGAAGAACUUGAGGCCUCCUGA